AUGGCUGACGAUGACAUCGACCUCGAUGCGAUGCUCGACUCGGCGCUCGAUGAGGGAUUUGCUGACCCGCCUGAGGCUGGCGGCGCCGAAGGCGACGGCGAGAUCGAUUUGGACGCCAUGCUCGACGAGGCCAUGGUAGCCUCUGCCCCUGGCGGUGCCGCGGCCAAGGAAGCAAGGGCCAGCAGCGACUUCGGCCCUUCACAACAGUGGCUGCAACGCAAGCAAGGGGGUGGUGGGAAUGGAACAGCGGGGGGCGCGAGGAACGGGUUCUCGUUUUUGAGGCCAGAGAGAAGGGAAGCUUGGAAGGCGGCGUUUGCGGAGGACGGUAAACUACAGGCAGAUAUGGACAAGCAGCGUCCGUUGAGCAGAGCGUACCGUUCCUUCUACUCUGCGGGGAAAGAGGAAGGGGGGAUCGUCGUACAUCUUGGUUCGGGUGCCGCAGAGGGGGCUGCGCAGGGAAAGGGGGUGGGGGAGACGGGGGCUGGAGCAGGAGGAGGAGGGCCGGGCGAUGCCGAGGGGGGGAAAGGGGGAGCCGCAGACGACAUUUUUGAAGAUGUGUUGAGCAAGGGCGUCUCGAGUUCGGGCGUGAAGGAGCCACCGGUGGUAGGGGAGGCAGACUUCGAAGCCUUGGAUCGGCUAAAGGCGUCGUACCUCCGACUCGUGGCGAAGGAUGUUCGAGCAAGAGUUAGCAAAGAUCCAGACGUUUCCGCGGACAGGUUCCCCUGCAUUACGUCCAAGAUUCUUUCGUAGGUCUCUUGAGUUCCACAGCAAGCCUACAGCCUUUCGCGAAUCGUUGUGGAUGUUCCGCUUGAUGCUGGCUGUGCAUGCAUCCAUGCUGUGUCUUGAUUGUUUAUAUGGAGCAGUCAUGGGCAAAGCACCAAAUGGUGCUGCUUCUGCUUGCGUAGUUUUUUCUCCCCAUGUGACGUCUGCCUGGCCAGCGGCCGUGUCUCACCACCACCGUUUGCACUGAUUGUUUUCGGAGAUGGCGCUUGAGCCACCUCAAGCUUCUUGCCUGGGGCCGAGCAGGAAAUUUCGUGUUGUUGGGCUAUAGCCAAUAGUUGGCAAUUUCUCACAUGGCAACGGCGAGGGUAACGACGAUGUAUGUACCCUACACUACCCAUUUGUGGUACUCCGGGCGAGGCUUAUUUUGAGACGCAUGCCGAUUUGAAACAUGGAAUGUUGGCGUGCACUUGGCACGUGGUCGCAAGAGGCUCGCGGGCAGGGGGUUGAUGUAGGACUUUGUUAUUUCGGUGUUUUGUUUGAGAACAUGCCGUUUGUGGAUGGUUUCCUCGCUUCAAUCCUUCCGUUUUUUGUUCGAAAUAUUGAUUGGUCAACGGUCAGACCGCACUGAAUCUGGCUUAAUUAUGGCCAACGAUUGAACCGCCUACAGCCAUAACCAAACCGUGCGGUACGAGUAAAUGCGAAGCAGUUCUCCGGAAGCAGCACAUGGACCGGUGGUGUUUGUUUGUGUUUGUCGCUGGCUGUCUCUAAGGACUAAGGACGAUCGGUGGGCCGGCUGAGGCGCACACACGGUGGUGACAAUUUCUCCAAACCACGAACAUAUUCCACCCCAGCGCUUGGUUAUGGCCUCUCGAGACUACCGGCAAAACGACACCUCAUUCUAGAAACGGUGUGUUGGACGUAGAUUCACCUGCCGUGUUGGCGUCUGUGAUAAUCCUUGAUCCCUCAAGAGAAGCGGGGGGGGUACUGAGGCGAAUUCGUUCAGGUGUUCCAUUAGCAAGCUGUAUCCGUGUUUUGCGUGUUUACUCUCACGUACGCUUUGACAGUGU